GGAAGCUACAAGUUCAGUUCACACACACACACACACAUCAUAACCAAAAGCUACUCUACUCUCUCUUACUAGGUAACAAUGGAGUCGGGGUCGGGUUUGGAUCCGAAUAGUAGUAGUAAGAGCAAAGGAGGAGGUGGCAAUGGAGAGGGAAAGUUCGGUGCGUUCAUGAAGAGAGUAGAACCCUUCUUACCAAGAAAGGACUUGAACCCGAUAGAGCUGAGAUCUUGGGCCAAGAAAACCGGUUUUGUCUCUGAUUACUCGGGGGAAACCAGCACAAAGUUCGGUGAGAGCUCUAGUUUUGAUUUGCCAAAAGGUAGAGAUCAUCAUCAAAUAGAACAAGUGACGUCACGUCAAACCGACCUCGACCCGAUUCUGGACCGAAGUAGUAGACGAUCUGAUAUCGGAUCUGAUUCCGGUUCCAAACCGGGUUCUGUUGAGGAAGAGAGGGGAUCAAACCGGAAUGAGAUGGAGAAUGAAGGCGGGAAAAGCAGUAGGGAUUUAGAAAAUGGAUGUUACUAUCCAGGUGGUGGAGAAGGAGAAGGUGAAGGUUGGCCUAAACCCAUUGUAAUGAAGUAUGGUCUCAGAGACAAUCCUACUGGCUUCGGUGCGCUUAUUUAUUACGGUUUGCAACACUAUCUCUCACUUGCUGGUUCACUUGUGUUUAUACCUCUUGUUAUUGUCCCAGCCAUGGAUGGUUCCGAUAAAGAUACAGCCGCAGUGAUUUCAACAAUGCUGCUUCUUACUGGAAUCACAACCAUACUUCACUGCUAUUUCGGUACUCGUCUUCCUUUGGUUCAAGGAAGCUCAUUUGUUUACUUAGCCCCGGCUUUGGUUGUCAUCAACUCAGAGGAGUUUAGGAACCUCACUGAGCAUAAAUUUCGGUACAUAAUGAGAGAACUGCAGGGAGCUAUAAUCGUUGGUUCACUGUUCCAGUGCAUUUUGGGAUCCACUGGUCUCAUGUCUCUCCUUCUUAGAUUUAUUAAUCCAGUUGUAGUAGCACCAACAGUAGCUGCAGUAGGAUUAGCAUUCUUUAACUAUGGAUUUCCACAAGCCGGCACUUGUGUUGAGAUCAGCAUUCCUGUAAUAGUUCUCCUUCUCAUUUGCACAUUGUAUCUUCGUGGAGUUUCACUCUUUGGUCAUCGCAUAUUCCGAAUUUACGCGGUGCCGCUUAGUGCCCUGAUCGUCUGGACAUACGCAUUCUUUUUAACAGUUGGUGGUGCAUAUGACUAUAGAGGUUGCAACGCCGACAUACCAAGCUCUAACAUACUAAUAAACGAAUGUAAGAAGCACGCGUAUACUAUGAAGCAUUGCAGAACAGAUGCUUCCAACGCUUGGACAACUUCUCCUUGGCUCAGAAUCCCUUACCCAUUUCAAUGGGGGUUUCCUAAUUUUCACAUUAGAACUUGUAUCAUUAUGAUCUUUGUGUCUUUAGUUGCAUCAGUGGAUUCAGUUGGAACAUAUCAUGCUACGUCAAUGUUAGUGAAUGCUAAGCGUCCUACACGUGGUAUUGUGAGUAGAGGUGUUGCAUUAGAAGGCUUUUGCAGUUUAUUAGCUGGGAUAUGGGGUUCUGGUACAGGUUCAACCACGUUAACCGAAAAUAUUCAUACAAUCAAUAUCACCAAGGUUGCUAGCCGAAGAGCUUUGGCAAUAGGAGCUUUGUUCUUGAUAUUUUUUUCAUUUGUGGGAAAGUUAGGUGCUAUUCUUGCUUCAAUACCACAGGCUUUGGCUGCAUCAGUCUUAUGUUUUACAUGGGCACUCACAGUGGCUCUAGGUCUGUCUAAUCUCCGGUACACACAAACAGCGAGCUUUAGGAACAUAACCAUAGUUGGAGUUUCACUGUUUCUAGGACUAUCCAUUCCUGCUUAUUUUCAGCAGUAUCAACCACUAUCUACUCUGAUUCUACCGAGCUAUUACCUCUCCUUUAGCGCCGCUUCAAGUGGACCAUUCCAAACGGGUAUCAUGCAAUUGGAUUUUGCUAUGAAUGCUGUGAUGUCUAUGAAUAUGGUUGUAACAUUUCUACUGGCUUUCGUGUUGGACAACACUGUACCGGGUACUAAGGAAGAGAGGGGAGUCUAUAUGUGGUCACGAGCCGAGGACAUGGAGAUGGACCCUGCAAUGCAAGCUGAUUACUUCUUGCCAAGUAGAGUUGCUCAGUUUUUCCGUUGCAGUUGUUGUUAGUAGAUGUUUUAAGAUUUCAUUUUUCUUUUCCAAUAGCUUACAGAGAGACCCACAUGUUCUUACUUAAUAUAUAUGGAAGAAAAGGUUCUAAUGAAAAGAGUGUUGCG